AUGGCAGCUGGCUUGGACACGGGCAUCGUAACGGGCACGGAGGCUGGCAUUGUCAGGGGCGCAGACACGGGCAUGGAUGUGGCUCUCACGCCGCCGACUGUGGACCACGUCCAGGCAACAGGUCGGGCCCUGGUCGAUGUGGUUAAGCAACAGGCAGAGGAGAUCAAGGUGCUCAAGGCUCAACUGGAUGGUGCCAACCGGCAGCUAGUGUUGGCGGAGGAGGAGAAAGGCGCUGUCAAGCAGCUGCUCGUCAAGACGGAAGUCAACUUGGCCAACCAGGUCGCGGCCAGAAAGACGCUGGCCAAAAGAGUUGUCGCCGUCUUGGAUGCUCUCCGGACUGGCGUUCUUGAUCUGGCACAUGUCACCGCGGCGCUGAUGGAUGGUUGCUCUCCUGAGACUGAUGAGACUGUGUCGGGGGAAGACAUUGUCGAGCCCGUUGCCGAGAAUCGGCCGCAGAUGCGUAAGUGGCGGCAGGGCACGUCAGGAUUCAAGACCUCGCCGGCACUGGAGAAGCUCAAGGCACGUCAAGAAGCGAUGCGUAAGCAGCGCGCGGCGGCGGCAGCAGCCGCUGACGCCGACGCCGACGCCGACGAUGGCGACGGCGAUGGCGAUAGCUCCGACUCUUAUGGUUCGGUUGUCGAGCACGACGAUGAGCCUGCAGCCGAGGUCAAGACCGAGGCUCGGCCACAGAUGCGCAAGUGGCGGCAGGGCACGUCAGGAUUCAAGACCUCGCCGGCACUGGAGAAGCUCAAGGCACGUCAAGAAGCGAUGCGUAAGCAACGCGCGGCGGCGGCUGCUGCCGCCGCCGACGCCGACGCCGACGCCGACGAUGGCGACGGCGAUGGCGAUAGCUCCGACUCUUAUGGUUCGGUUGUCGAGCACGACGAUGAGCCUGCAGCCGAGGUCAAGGCCGAAGCUCGGCCACAGAUGCGCAAGUGGCGGCAGGGCACGUCAGGAUUCAAGACCUCGCCGGCACUGGAGAAGCUCAAGGCACGUCAAGAAGCGAUGCGUAAGCAACGCGCGGCGGCGGCUGCUGCCGCCGCCGACGCCGACGCCGACGCCGACGAUGGCGACGGCGAUGGCGAUAGCUCCGACUCUUAUGGUUCGGUUGUCGAGCACGACGAUGAGCCUGCAGUCGAGGUCAAGGCCGAAGCUCGGCCACAGAUGCGCAAGUGGCGGCAGGGCACGUCAGGAUUCAAGACCUCGCCGGCACUGGAGAAGCUCAAGGCACGUCAAGAAGCGAUGCGUAAGCAACGCGCGGCGGCGGCUGCCGCCGCUGACGCCGACGCCGACGCCGACGAUGGCGACGGCGAUGGCGAUAGCUCCGACUCUUAUGGUUCGGUUGUCGAGCACGACGACGGCUCCGAGUCAGCCGACUCGGUUGUCGAGCACGACGACAAGCCUGUUGGCGAGACCCGCUCAUGGCGUGCAGGCUUCAACACGUCGCCAGCACUCGAGCGGCUGACCGAGACACGGAGCGCCGCUGCGGGCAGAGUACACCCUGCGGCCAACGCCGGAGGCACUGACGAUGCUGCAAAGCCGGUCGAGCGCCCGCAGAUGCGCAAGUGGCGCCAAGGCACCACAGGAUUCAAGACCUCGCCGGCGCUAGGGAAGCUCAAGGCGCGGCAGGAGGCUAUGCGCAAGCAGCGCGCAGCUGCGGCUGUGGCUGCGACUACGGCUGCUGUCGCUGACGCGGACGCUAGUGAUGACUCGGACUCGUGUGGCUCGGUUGUCGAGCGCAGCUCCGAGGGCUCGAGCUCGGCGGGCUCGAUGGUGGACAACGGCUCGCCAGCGCCGCGCGAGAUCCUCGGUCUUCCAGCCGAGUCCCCGCCGAACCGCCGCGCCGGGCGGCCCGAGUCGCUGCGCGACCGACGCCUGCGGCUGCGCAACACCCGGCGGGCGACGUCGUCGGACCACACCAUGGACGCGGCCAUGCGCGCCGCCAUGCUCCGCGCCGGCCGCACCAUGUCGGCGUCGGCCGCCGAAGAGCGGUUCGAGGAGCAGCAGAGCCAGUCCGAGCUCGAGGCUGCAGCCAACGCUGCGCACAAUGAGGCGAACUCGACAACGCUCUACGACAGCAGCAGCGACGGUGAUGACGAUGUCAUCGUCGUCAAUGCAGCUACGAGUGGCAUCGCCAGAGGCCACUCCUGGCUCGACGUCGAGCGCCCGCGCGGCGAGGCCAUCGACUUUGAGCACAAGCCCAAUGCCCGCGGCCUUAACGUCUCGUUCUCGUCGAACCUCUCCCACAUCUUCGGCGAGACGUCAUCCGACGACGACGACGAUGUACCCGACGCCAGCGCCACCACUGCCGAGCUCUUGCGGCAGCUGGUCGAGGCUCGCAAGGAAAACAUUGAUCUCGCGCGAACGGUCUCUGAGCUCACGCUCGAGGUGAGCCGGCUGACGCAGUCACUCACCGCAGCCUCGGCGGCGAAAGCGUCAUUGGCUGCGGGCGCGGGCCUCAUAGUUGCAGGCGUGCAGACCGAGCCGCGGAUUGUGGACAACGUGGCGGUGCAGACGCUCCCGCCUGACGUCGCCCAUGUGAGUGUGCAGACCGAGGUGGAACGCGACGGCGGGCCGGUGAGUGCGGCUGGAGCCAGCAACGUCAAGCUCGACGAGCUCUCGUCGCAGUUGCAUCUGGCGCAAGCGCAGAACGAGGAGCUGAUGCGGAUGCUGCGGUCGCCGUCGCUCUCGCUCUCGCCGAUGCCGCGGUCCCCGUCGGCAGCGUCGCCUCUGACGCCUGUGACGGCGCGGGCGCGGUCCUCGUUCUCGCGCUCGCCGUCGCUCACGGGAUCAUCGCCGGUCCCGCUCGACUCGCCGGCGCGGGCACGGGCGCGGGCAGCGUUUGAGCGGCGGCUGGCGCGGACAGCGCGGUACGUCCACCAGCAGGAACUCCGACCUCUAUCGUAAACACGUGCACUGCA